AUGUGUGCCCAGAAGUCUCCUGAGGAACUGAAGAGCAUUUUCGAAAAGUACGCUGCCCGAGAAGGUGACCCCGAGCAGCUGUCCAAGGAGGAGCUGAAGCUCCUGGUGCAGACGGAAUUCCCCAGCUUGCUGCAGGGUCCGAACACCCUAGACGAGCUCUUCAAGGAACUGGACAAAAAUGGAGAUGGAGAAGUCAGUUUCCAAGAAUUCCAGGUGUUGGUAAAAAAGAUAUCCCAGUGA